UUUCUUCCUGGACAAACCUCUCAUGCUUUGGAGGACAUCAAGGAAGAGGAUAGCUGUAGUACGUUGCAUCCCUCAACGUCCCCACAUCAAUCAAUUACCCCAACAGAUCCAUCAACGUCCCAGGAACAAUCAAUGGAAUCCUUAAGUGAGACGACAGAGAGUGUUUUACUCACGGAGGAGACUCAUGGAGGGACGACGGACGAAACUUGUCCUGUGAAAGAAACACUUCAAGAAGAAGACAAUUUAGUAAUGGAGAGUAAUAAUGAUUCCUCAGAGAAUGAAGGCAAAACUGAAGAUAUUGACUUAGGAAACGAAGAUAGAUUACGACGUUUAGAAGAGGGAGAAAAUUGUUUGAAAAAUGUUUCAAGUAAACAUGAAAAAGACCUUGAAAUAUUAGAAGAUAGGACUUCAAAUGAAAUGACUGCAAAGUCAUGUUCAAAAAUCGGCUAUGAACGAGCUACAUUGAGUUCAGUUGAAAUGAGCUCCCAGCAAACAACUGACAAUUCUGUUGAAACAGACGUUACGUCAUCUGACGCAAUAUGCUCAGAUGACGUCAUACUAUCAUCUAGCCAGAGCCCAGGUCUAGCGAAGGAAGAUCUUGAUUUUAAAAGCGAAACUGAUCCAGCACUACAAAUGUACAGUACUCCUAAAUUAAGACCGUAUAAGGAUGCUGAGGUUGAACAAGGGUUGGAAACAGAUAAGGAAGGAUAUGGAGAGGGGAUAUCUAGAGAUAGUGGAAUACAUGAAAGUAAAGAUGAUGUUGAUGAAGUGGAUAGUGAUGGUCAUAAGUGGAUAGAUCCGCACAACUCUGAAUCGUUAGAGGACAGCGUCUUUCCAAGAAGAUCAGAACAUUACGCGGACAUGCCUAAAUAUUUGUGCGUAAGAAUAAAGAGAUCGUGUUGGCGGGAACACCGUCCUGUGUGCUGUCGUUUUGCACAUGAGGCAAUUCAACGAGCAACGACGAAAAGAGAAUUCUGGUUUUCCAUUCCUUGUGAAAGGGAUUUGAACUUGUGGAUAAUUUCUUCUCCGGCAGCCCGGAAAAAGAGGUACGUCGAUUAA